GGCGCGCGAAAUUAAUCGUGCUGAGCUGAGAAGAUGAUUUGUCGGAUUCCGCACUGGUAACUCUAUUUUAGAGAGAUAGACGUCUCACGUUGGAUUUAUUUUGGGGGCGGGGUAACCUAUCUAUCUACCGAUACUAAGGUAUCUAUCUAUUCAGAAAUAACUGCAUGAUUUAACAUUUGUUUGUUUCCCAGGUGUGUUUUUUGGAGCCGAAUAAGUUCGUCUCAUGCUAUAGAUCUCCAGUUUCAUAGAUGCCACUGUCGUAUUAAUUUUCCUUGCGCUUCUUCAUCGACUGCAGUAUCUUGAUAUUGAGCCUUGGGAUCUAUUUCCUUUGGAUCGACCACUUAUUAAACUUCACUUACAAGCAUCAUCUCGCACCAUGUCUAAGAGAACCGUCUUCACGACGGUAACGCCGUUACCAACAGGUAUCACACGAGAGACAGUUAUGGAAACUUUGCGCUCGCAUGUCGAAAUGAUAGAUUUGAAUCCUCUAGUGGAAGAACGUCAUCCGAUCAAGCCUCCGCCAAAUGCUACUGCCGAAGAAUAUCACUGUUUAUGGUACUCUUUGACAGAUCGAGUUCAAUACCUUCCCGGGGGACUGAUGUCCGGAAAAGUCUCGUAUACCUGCUGCUUUCACGAUCUAGAAAAUGGAUUGCAAACACACUGCUAUGCGCCUAUGGGGUUGAAUAUAAGAGGGAAGUGGACUCUCGGUGGAUCGUUACCCGGAGAACCAGUUGCGCCAGUCGAAUUGGGAGCUAAUGUACCUUUACACGGGUUAUGGUUGAGAGAAGAUGUCGAUAUGAGAUGCAAUAUUGUUAUGACAAGUUUCGUCAAGAAAACCCUCAAGAAAUCACACUCCGCAUUAGUCAACCGUCUACUGGUUAAGGCUCAACUUCUUGAUCGCUCUAUCAGCAACGCUCGACUGAAUGAGAGAACCUUCAGUACACCAGAACUUGCCACAAAAAGACCACGACCCUUUUCAUCACAAACGCCCUUGUCACAACCAUCAACUGCAUACUCUCAAAGCAGCGAUUAUGAUGACGAUAGUGCGUAUGCAGAGUCUGAAGCUAGCUCACCACAAUAUGCGGAAUUUGCUGCGCAGAACACACCAGCUCCGCAGACAUCAAAGGUGUGCUCGCCUAUAAACUUACAGAAUUCGCAACUACAGACCUCGCAAGUACAUCCCGCUCUUCGCGUUGGCCCACCUCAACCUCAAGCGAAACCCGAGUUUAACGAAAACUCCAUCUAUCCCAAAUACGAUCCCUCAGCUUAUCCUCGAGCCCCCGACGUCCGCCGCGAAAGUGCAUCAUCUUGGAACGAUUCUAUCCAGAGCCAAGGAAAUUCGACAGGUCGCAUGUCUUACCAGAGUUCUGCUAACGACAUGCACAACUAUAACAGGGCAAGAGUGGCAUCAUGGCAAACUCCUUCCGGAAGCAACAUGUGGAAUUCGUCUCGGCCACUAAACCCAGGGACCCAAGGAGCUACAGCUCAUUAUCGUAGUGCCUCUUCUCAGUCUACACACAGGAAUCCGAAUCCUGCGCAUGAAAGAAGGGAUGAGCCAGGAAGACAAGAUAUGAGAAAUAAGGUGAUUCCACCUCCACCGACUUAUCAUGCCGAGCUGGAAGGGUAAAUUAUACAGCGCUAAGCGAGGAGGAACUGUUGAGGGAGAACAACAUCGGUUCUGGCGCUGAGGAUACAUUGAUCUUUGGAAAUGGUAUGAUAUUGAGGGCGUAGUCGCAGCUACUUGACUUAUGGUGUUAAGGCAUGGAUUAAUAUGAUACCCGUAGGAAUUUGUGGGAGGUUAUGAUCCAAUGAAAGGGAAUGUUGGGAUGGUUCCAAGCUAUGGAGUACAUAUUGAUUAUGAAUUGAUAUACUUAUAUCUCAAGAAACGGACAUCGUUGGAGCCAAAAGUGAUUUAAUGGUAAUGAAUGUAUAAGAGAACCUAUAAGAGUUGAAACGUAAAACGUAGAAUUCCAAUCAUCAGAGUGAGUUUGA